UAAAUUUUGGAAAUUUUUUAAAUUACUGCAGAAACCAAACAUUAGAAAUCUACAAUAAUGUACAUCACUUCAGGCAUCAUGUAUCAGCGAUUUUCGUCACAGAUUGUCAGGAAGUGUCGUUUAUUGCCGGUGCUUUGUUACUCUACCACUUCCUUGGACAGGAAAGCGUCUGUUUCACUGGUUCAAGGAGCCUCAAGAGGAAUCGGCCUUGAAUUCGUAAGACAACUUCUGGAAAGGGAUAAGAAAGGGCAAGUACUUGCUACUUGUCGCGAUCCUGAUCAAUCUACGGGACUGCAGGAGUUGAAAAAUCAAUAUUCUGGUCGAUUUGACGUUCUGAAGCUCGACGUGACAGUUGAAAGUACCAUUGAGGCAGCUGCGACUUUUGUGAGAGAAACAUAUGGCUAUCUAAAUCUUCUUGUCAAUACAUCCGGAAUUCUUUCUAUACCCAAUUUGCUUCUUCCAGAGACAACAUUGGCUAAAGUACAGAAGUCUUCCUUGCUUCUUUCUUAUGAGGUUAAUGCUGUGGGUCCUCUUCUAAUGAUCAAGCACAUGUGGCCCCUUCUAAAGGCAGGAGGAGGAACAGGGACUAAGAGGGACGUUGCUGUUGUGGCAAGUUUGAGUGCCAGAGUGGGAUCUAUUGGCGAUAAUAACCUUGGGGGAUGGCAUUCAUAUCGAGCAUCAAAGGCAGCAUUAAAUCAGUUGACGAAAACAGUUUCCGUGGAAUUGGCUCGUAAGAAGGAUCCAAUUAUAUGUCUUUUGUUACAUCCUGGCACAGUUGACACAGAUUUAUCUCAACCUUUUCAGAGAAAUAUCCCUAAAGACAAGUUGUUCACCAAAGAAUUUUCUGUAAACAAGCUUUUGGACAUUAUUGAUGGUUCUAAGAUUCAUGACAACGGGAAAUUUUUUGCGUGGGAUGGUCAAGAAAUUCCUUGGUAAUGUCUAAUAUGGUCUUGGGUUUUGUUGCCAUCUUAUCACUUGAUCAAUAUCCAAGUGAUUUGUUCGCCAAUGUAUUAUCCGUUCCGAAUGUGGUACUUUAGUGGUUUCAAAAUUAUUAAAUUGUUGUAUGAUUGAUGUUAAAAUUUCUUUUGGGGUUCCUUUUGAAGUUGGAAACUUCUUGCUCAACAACAUUAGCUCAGGUCAUCUCGUACAUAUCACAAUGGUCGUGCAAUAAUAGUUUGGAGUUUUGAUUUA